AUGGGUUUAAGAGAAUCGCUGGGCAAGAGAUCACAUGAAGUGACACCAGCUUCGGAGUAUCAACGUAAGAGAUUUAGAUCGCCUCAAGGUGAUCAAACGUCUUCUAACAGAAAAGUCAUUUUGCCUAUCUUCGAGCCAUCGGGCUUGUUGGCGCUAGAUUCUCACAGCAAAGAAGGCAUACAACUGCAACAUGUUGAACCUCACGACUCAGUUUCUCCGACUGCAUUUUACGUCAAAAAUUCGGUCCCACUGCGAAAGCAGACUCAUUUCCAGGCCAUUGUCUAUGACGACUCAGAUGAGGCGUACGCUGCUAAGUUUGAUUUGCUGGAUCGAAGUAACUACCUUGUUGGCAGGAAAUUGACUUUUGACGAUAAGCUCGAAGAAGAGAAUGACGACAGUCGGGAAAUAGUCCUGGCGCAGAUUCCAAUUCCCGAAGAAACCUGUUCUAAACAGCACUGUGUAAUUCAGUUCAGAAAUCGGGAGGGUCGAUUAAAGCCGUAUGUUAUUGAUCUCGACUCGUCAAACGGGACGCUCUUAAACGGCGUGGCUCUUCCCAGAGCUCGCUAUGUCGAACUGAAAAAUGAGGAUGUGUUGAGGUUCUCCACUAAUGAGUCAGAGUCUGGCCACUUUCUGAUGUUCUUAUCGGCCUGA